AUGCCGACCCACGAUGCCAGAAUGAGCGACACCCGGAGUUUUCAAUCCGUGAGUGCCAGAUCCGUUCCGUCCAGUCAUGCCAAGGUCAUUUUGACUAAGGUGAACAGUGACGUAGCUGCUGCAAAAAGGGAGAUGAAUGGUGACCACCGUGAGCCCACGGUCCAAGAUCCCUGCCGAAAGCCUGAUCGAACUUUACUGUCUAGCCAUGCUGUUCAGACCGAAGUGGAAGUGCCGCUGACCGACUUGUCUCAGUUGACACUCGCAGAGCUGAAGACAGAGGUGGUCACCUUCGGACAGAAGCACCAGGGGGAAACGUACGAGUUCGUGGAGUUGAUGGUGGAGCACCACGAAAGAACGAGCACCCGAGUGCCUGUGCUGCCCCCACCGCUUUCUGGACGCAGAUCCACCCGAGCCAAGGCCAAGGCCAUGAGCACAGUUCCAUCUGGGGUCACAGAACCCAUUCCACUGGACCAGGACGAAGAGCAGGAGUUCGAGAUGUUCAACCAGGGGACUACGGCCACGACUCCUCUCCAUCAGGAUCCGGAGUUCACUGCACUUCAGGAUCGUAUCCUGAACAUGGAGAACGCUCUGGGCCGCGUGAUCAAGCACCUGGAGGACCAGAUCGAGAAGCAGUAG